AUGCCGUCUUUUGUUGCCUCCGGGACAACAGAGAAGGCAAAGACCACAACAGCUGGAACAACAAUGACUAUAACGGCCGUUACUCCAGAAGACAAUGUUACAUCGACUAUUAGAAGAGCUGAAAUCAUUGAUCAACCCGUAACUACUACGACAUCCACGGCCAUCACAUGUUCGUUGAUGUCGGGCCUCUCUCUUCCCUCGUCAAUGACCGCUUGUCGUUUUGCUUGUCGUCUUCGCGUUUCUCUUCAUCGAUUCUACAACCACAUGCACUUCGCGAUGCCGAAGAGAACACCGAUGCCCACAACGGUUGAACGAACGCAUGUGGGCGAUCAUUCGAAUCACCCAACCUGGCACGUCGCCGGUGAAAUUUCACAGAGAAUGACCGUUCGCCGCCACCCAACCCGGGGCAAUCGACAUUCAGGAACCUUUUGGCAACAACUUGGCUGGCGAUCGAAUAUACAAAAGAAACAAAUCUGGUGGGGAUACGCUGUGGUCGGAAUGAUUGCUUGGUUCUCCUCGACAAUUUUUCAUUGUGUCGAUUGUUGGGUGACCAAAUGGAUCGACUAUUUUUAUCUGGUUUCGCCGACAUCUGUGUGGCAUCAAGUGGACUUCCUCUACACAUUACCGUUGACCACGAAGAAAACAGUCCUAGGAAUUGCCGAAAAUUGGACACUCGAACGAAAGUCAGAGGAAUUUUUUCUCGAGAAAAUAAUUUCGCUACUUUCGCAAGAAACGAAAGUAGCUGAUGUCCUCCGUGAGGGCCAUCACAUGUUCGUUGAUGUCGGGUCUCUAUCUUUCGCCGUCGAUCAACGUCUGGCGCGUCGUUUUCGCUUCUCUUCAUCGAUUCAACUGCCACACUACCGCGAAUGCACUUUACGAUGUCGAAAAGAACACGGAUGCCUACAGCGAUUGAACGAGCCCGGUUGGAGCAAGCAUCCACGUCUUCCAUGUAAAUGCGACUGCAUGUGGGCCAUUGAUGCGAUCAUUCGAAUCAUCCAACCUGACAACUCGCCGGGGAAAUUUCACAGAGAAUGGCCGCUCGCUGUGACCCAACUCAAUCGUCGACAAUCGUCAUUCAGGAACCAACAUCGGUUAUCUUCUCUUUUCUUUUCUCAACUUCGUCAUGUGCCUAUUGCUUCGCCAUCUCUACACAUUGCCCGCGUUGACACACGCAUACAAAACGAU